AUGCAUACCUCAAGUAUUUCUGACCAAACUGAUUGCACUGAAACCAGCCUCCUUGCCCACUACGAUGGCACUGAGACUAUAGCUGGUGUUCUAUCAUGUAAUGAUAUUGUGGCAGAAUUUGAUAAUAGAACCACUCUUUUGAUCCAACAAAGCUUAUCUAGCAAACAGCUUAUACAUUUUAUGCCUACUGAAGUUAGUGAUGAUACUAAAUAUAUAAAUGGGAUCUUCAUUUAUAUUUUGUGUAUCACUGGUUCUUUAAUUAAUAGGCAAAAGGCAGUCGUGAAUAUUACAGGCAUCAAACCCUUUUUUGAUGUCAAAGUACCUAAAGAGAUGCCGUUAUCUAUGUUUAAGACCAAAUUAGUAAAGAUAUUAUCUAAUAUUCUUAAUAACAUAUCAAGAACAUGGAAUCACUAUGACUGGUAUAAUGCAUUAAAAGCAGUUCAUGUUGUUGGUAUAUAUACAGCUUCAGAUGAUCUAAAUUGCCAAUAUUAUUACCACAAAGUAGUCUGUGAACAAAAAUUACCUCUUUCAAGUUGGGCAGUAUUAAGUAAUUAUUUAUAUGAACACAUUCAAGGGGAACCUUAUCUUUACCAAAUUCCGGAGCCAGGUGAGUGCUUUAAGUAUAUUGUAAUUGAAAAUAAUUCAUCACAAAAGAUGGGAGAUAAAAUGGAAUAUCCAGAGCCAUUAUCUGAAACUUUGCUGAAAGCCUUAAAAAGGUUAAAAGGGGAUAAUAGAGCUGAUAAAGAUGAAGCAGAUAGGAACAAAGCAGAUGGAAAUAGUGUGGAUGAAGAUGGAGUAGGUGGAGAUGAAGCAAAUGAAAAUGAGAUAUCAAAAAAGAGAGAUACCUUAGUACAGAAAUUGGCUGAAAAGUGGGUUAGAAGAUAUAUCAAAAAUCUUCAUAAAGGUCUAAAAAAAGAUAAGACUAUCAUAUUCUAUCUAUGGAAAGAAGCAUAUACUUAUGCAAAAAAUUUAUAUGAUACCACUUAUGUUGAUAAAAUAGUAAAAUGCUCGAGAAAUGAUGCUUAUUGGUCUUCCUUUCUCAGCACAUUAGAUAAGCAGAAGGAAUCAAUUCGCAUAAAGCUAAUGACAUUACUUGCAGAAAUUUUCCAAGAUGAUAUAGGAAGCAGAGAAAAAAUAUAUAAAUUUGUUACUAAGGCUGAAAUUACACGCUAUCGAGCAUCAUCGAAGUUACAGAGUGAUAAAAAAGAUAAUUCAUCUGAAGCAGAUAUAGAUGAGAUCAUCGAAUUAUAUGGUGUCACCAUUUUAACACCUGGACAGAUUGAAGAAAAUAGACAUCUCAAAAAUAAGCAAAAUGGAAACCACUUUUUUGAGAAGCUUAGGAAAGCACAAUCUAUCUCUUUGGAGAAUGGUUCAGAAGUUCAUGCUAAACAACCUUGCAAAGCAUCUGAUGAGUCAACUCCAAAAGAAUCAUCUGAGGUUGUGAGGGACUCUCUGGAACCAUUACCUGCUGAUAUAAAUAUGCAAGAAAAGCAAAAAAAGAAAAAGAAACUGUUAAAGUCUGGAUCUAUUUGA